AUGGAAAAUAACAGAGAAGGCAUAACAACUAGUACAAAGAAAUGGGCAAUGAUUCCCGUUUCAAGUCUGAUUCAUAAUCAAAAAGUGAUUGAAAUUGACGGUAAUCUUUCUGUUGAAGAGGCCUGCCAAGUUCUUGUGGAAAAUAAUAUAUCAUCUGCACCAGUUUAUGCACAUGGUGAAAGGGGACAUUAUAUUGGAAUGUUUGAUUACGGUGAUGUAAUUGCCUAUAUUCUUUUGGUUUUGCAUCGUAAACCUGGUCAGCCUGAUAGUGAUGAUAUUGUUGACACAGAAUCAUUUGAAAUAAAAGAUAUUGUUCAUAGAGCAUUACAAGGAUACAAAGUGCCUGUUCGUAUGGCAAGUGAUCUAUCACGUAAGAAUCCAUUUUAUUCGAUAAUGCAGGAAGCUACAUUAUUAUCAGCAGUAGAGGUAUUUGCGUGUGGUACUCAUAGAGUGAGCAUUUUAAAGCCAGAUGGUGAAGUUGCUGGUAUUCUAUCUCAGUCUACAGUUGUUAAAUAUUUGUUUGAAAAUCGUAAGCAAUUCCCAGAAAUUGAUGAAAUAUUAGAUAAAUCGAUUCGUCAAUUAAAUCUUGGUGAUGAAACAGUUAUCAGUGUUGACGCAAGUGCUAAUGUAUUAGAGGCUCUUUCUUUAAUGAGCACUCAUGGUAUCUCAUCUGUAGCUGUACUUCGUGGCGGAAAAUAUGUUAUAGGAAAUAUAAGUUUAACAGACGUUAGACAUGUUAUGAAGGGAUAUAAUCAUCGUUUACUUUGGAAGACAUGCUUACAGUUUGUUAGUCAUAUUAGAACUCAGCAAGGAAUUGCGGAUGGACAAGAUCGCUUACCAGUCUUUGAUGUUCGUCAAGAAACUUCAUUAGGAUUUACCAUCGCCAAAUUACUUGCAACAAAGGCGCAUCGUGUUUGGGUUGUAGAUGAAUGUAAUCAAGCAACUGGCGUAGUAUCUAUGACAGAUGUUAUUCGUGUCUUUGCCUCUAUAGUGGGAGUUCAAGCACAGGAACGUCGUGCUAGUGUGGCUGCUUUUAACCGUUAA